ACAGCAGUCAGUCGAAGCCCAACUGCAGACCCGGUCAGAAGUGUUUAAGGAAGUGAGACUAAAAGGCCAGAGUAGAAGUCUUGUACAUUUGAAAGCCAGCCAUCAUGCGAGUGCUAUCGCUUUCCUCAAUAACCUUGGUAGCACUCUGCCUGCUGGGUUUCCUUCGCUUCUCAGAGGCCGAGUGCUGCACCACAAUGGCCAAACUGGAGUUUAUGAUGAGCAAAGGAAACUGCGGAGCGGUUAAUGCCAAGAAGACUGCCCAGGGCUGCUCGGUAACCAUCUGUGGCGAUGGUAAAGCCUUGGUGGGUACCUACUGCGGACGUGGUCCCUGCAAUAUCUUUGGUUGCUACUGCGAAGGUGGCUGCCUGCAUGGGGACUAUGGCCAGAGCUUUCUGGCCAGAAACAAAAAAUUCCGCAUUACACUGAUGCACACCGAAAUGGUGGACCUUUCACCAGGAGCUUCGAUGUUCCAGACGCUUGCCAGUGUGAUUAUUAAUAAAAUCUUUUGAUUCCCUAUUAAAGGGUUUUUUUUUUCAAAAAAUAUAUCUAUCUGCUAUUAUCUGUAAA